GGACGACGAGAGAAGGCGGAGGGGAAAAACAGCACACUGGGGCAGGUUGUUGCUAUUGCAAUCUGGAAACAGCCGAAAAGUCUACAACACGUUGAAAAGAGUGUGGAAAGGAAGAAGCGGAGUUGACCUGCUCGUAGCUUUACUGAGGAAGAAGACGCAGUUUUAAUUACUUCGGGGAGGGAAGAUUCUGGAGUCGCGGCUGCUCAAGGGGCAAGGCUCGGCUUCGCUUUUUACAGAAAGAAAGGAGGCGGGAGGGUGGCGUUUCCCGUUCUCCCUUCAGUGUCAGUCUUGGGGCAAACGGAACGGGCAUUUUCUGCUACUCUCUUCAGCAGGACUCGGAGCAUGUCGGACUCAGGGCGUCUUUCCCACGUUGCAUUUUAGCCCUUCUUGCGCGCCAAGAGAGCACGGCCCAAAGGACUGCAAAAGGCCGAGUGGCCUUUCCUCCGUUCCGCUUCUCUCCUGACAAAAGGAGACGGAGGCGGUGUCUGGGAGUGUGUGGGGGAGCAGCCGCAGCUGUAGCAGCAAAGCCGCCCAGUUGAGUUUCUUAACUUUAGCGGUAGCCGUAUCGGAGAAAGCCCGCAGUUUAAGCAGGCGGGCAAUGAACGGCUUCGGCCCCGAAGAAGUGACCCGAGGCGGGGGAGAAGCCGCCGCCGUCCCUGCCGUCGUAGCUAACGCCACCGCCGCGGUGGAAGUCCUUCCGCCCCCGCCGCCUCUUCCGCAGCCGACGGCCGGGCUCGGAGCUACUUCGUCGGCUGCCGCAGCGACAGCCGCGGGUUCGGCUGGUCCUCUUGGGUCUGCUGGACCCGGCGCUGGGCAGUUAUGCUGCCUGCGGGAGGAAGGCGAGAGGUGUAGCCGAGCUGCGGGCAAUGCUAGCUUCAGCAAGCGGAUCCAGAAGAGCAUCUCGCAGAAGAAGGUGAAGAUCGAGCUGGACAAGAGUGCAAGGCAUCUUUAUAUUUGUGAUUUCCACAAAAACUUAAUUCAGAGUGUCAGAAACAGAAGAAAGAGAAAAGGCAGUGAUGAUGAUGGUGAUUCACCAGUGCAAGACAUCGACACUCCAGAGGUUGAUCUCUUUCAGCUGCAAGUAAACACACUAAGAAGAUACAAAAGGCACUUCAAAUUACAGACUAGACCAGGACUUAAUAAAGCACAACUUGUUGAAAUAAUUGGAUGUCAUUUUCGGACUAUUCCAGUGAAUGAAAAGGAUACCUUAACCUAUUUCAUCUAUUCAGUGAAGAAUGACAAGAACAAAUCUGAUCUAAAAAUGGAUAGCAGUGUUCACUAAGCAAACUUAAGACUCAGUAGAACUAAAGACUGUUUUGGAUGUGCUGAGCUUUCUUUGUAUGAGUAUUCAGAAAAUUCUGAUGUUAUUUUUCUUGGGAAAAAUACUGCUCUGAUAAAUUAGGUUUCCAGGAUAAAAGUAUUUUAAAUAAAUACUGUUGAUAUU